AAAACAAAUUCAGCGUGUCAGCAAGCCCUUCCCCGAAGCGGCAUCAACAACAACAACGUAAAAAAAAAAGCUACGACCAUCUGCCGUUUAAAAUCCGACCACGACCUUCCGCACACUCGCACCUGCGAAAUUCAAAUUCAAAAGUAAAGAUCCGGUCAGCAACAAGUAGUGGAGGGACGAGACUGACGAGAGCGAGCUGCGCGCGCGACUUUUUCCACGAAGACGAGUCGUCGCUCGCUCGACUAUAUAUGUAUAGUAUACCUAUAGCACCACCACACUCGCAUCAGCGUAUACACGGUCACACGACGUGCGAGUAUCUCUCGGAGAGCAGCGACGAGCCUCUCUGAGCACAGGGGAGGACCUGAAGUCGGCUGUCGCGCUGCUCGCGGAGUAGUAGCGCGCCCCGCCCAGGACGGACGUACCGAGAGAAUCGUGCAGAAGUAGCAGCAGCAGCAGCUGGGGAAUUGCAGCCCCCAGCCAAAGGAGAGCCAAUUCCACCGAGACGAUCUUCUCUCUUCCAUAGAGGCGCGCAACCGCCCGUCUCUCUCCCUCUGGCGCGCGAGUAUAUAUAUAUAUAAUAUAUAUACACACACACUGCACACACGUAUAUAGGUAUACGCAUACAAUCCACACGUCUAAGCGCGCCUCUCGAGUCCCGAGCGAACGUGUGUCAUAUCAUAUCCUCGUCUUUUUCUCCCGCGAGAAGCAGUCGGCCGUGAGUGUGCUACAGUGCAGUGUCGUCGGUCAUCAUCGGUGCGCCGUGUAAAAAGUCGCGUCGCGCUCAAGAGGAGAGCCGCAUCCCUGUCCCUGCAGUCGUUCCUCUCCCGCGAGUACAGUCUCGCGCCUCCCUUCGCGACCUGCAGCCAUCGGCCCCAAAAAACUUAACCUCAAUUCACCAGGCUCUCUGCGGCUGGACAGGGGGCUCGGGAAGAAGCCAUCGCAGACAUCGUGUGCAGUGCUACAAGCCGCGCGAGCCGAGAAGGUGGCGAAUAAACCACGGCUAUUGCGCUUGGAACUAAAACACGACGAAGCGGAAUCAGCAGCAGAAGGUGAGAGAGAAGGAAAACCAGUGCGAGCAAGCGAGCGAGAGAACGAGAGAGGGAGAAGGAAAGAGAGCAGCGGCACUCGAGGAAGGUACAUCGAUAGUGUGCUCGGCCGUGUGUAGUGCGCGCGAACAGUGUCGCUGCCGCCGCCGCUGCCGCCGCCGCCGCCGCGCUGCUUUUGUGUCGACCGAGUGGUCCGCUACUGUAUGCGCUGCCGCCGCCGCCUCGAGGAGGCGACGACGACGACGACGAGGAGGAGGAGAAGCAGCAGCAGUAGCCUAGGAGAACGGGCUGUGCAGCAGCUGCGCCGCCACGGCCGAGAUGUUUCGUAAUGGAGGCCACCUCGCGGCUGCUCCUCCGAAGACGACGGCCGCCGCGCUCAGCAGCAGCAGCAGCAGCGACGAGUGACCUGCCCAUAUCACCGGCCGGCCAGCAGCAGUGAGCCAUUGACCUAGAGGAUCUAUCCGCCAGUGGUGCUCCGUGUGCGUGCCUGUGUGUGUACAGUAGAGAAUCGCUAUAUAGUCAGCGUUGAGUGUGCCCAUAGGUAUACGUAUAGAUAUAUUCGUGUGUGCCCCGCGCCUCGCUCCGACACUCUAUAACUCUGUCUCUCACUCUGUCUCACUCGCUCCCCUCUGCAGUGCGCGAGUGUGUAUAUGUGUGCCUCCGUGGUGUUGUUGCCUUCCUCCUGUGCGUCGUCGUCGCCGUACUCCUCGAGAUAGCCGUCGCCGCAGCUGCCUUCUAAACAUGAGGAUUGUUGCUUGUGCCAGAGUGACUCUAGACACCAGGCAGACUUGAGAGAGCGAGCAGGGAGACUGUUGACUUAUCUACGGGGUGAAUCUGCCGAGUGUUUUGCUCCGUGUGUGCUGUGUGUGUGUGUGUGUGUAUGUGAUGGGGCCUGAGGAGUUGGCGCUGCUUAGCACCCACUACUAUCAGCACUGACACUGGACAGUAGUCAGAGAGCGAGGGAACAGACAAGCCCUGGACACUAGCCCAGCGGAGGACAAUCCAGCUCCAGAUAGCAGAGUACAGCGCAGCUGCAGCCAUGAAGAAGAACGAGGGCAGAGACGGUAGGGCAGACAAGGAGCCCCAGCGUGGCAGUGACAGAGACAAAGAGCGAGAGCAGGAAGCUGGAAAGAGAGCCUCGCGGACCAGUGGCAAUGCCACUAGGCCCAACAUGCAUACCUCUCGACACAGCGUCACCUCCACGUCGAACCUACUCAUGGUUGGUCCUAAUUUCCGGGUUGGAAAGAAAAUUGGCUGUGGUAACUUUGGGGAGCUUCGACUUGGAAAAAACCUCUACAAUAAUGAACACGUAGCAAUUAAAAUGGAACCAAUGAAGUCAAGGGCGCCACAGCUUCACUUGGAAUAUAGGUUUUACAAAUUAUUAGGUACACAGGAAGGCGUGCCGGAAGUUUAUUAUUUCGGCCCGUGCGGCAAGUUCAACGCAUUGGUGAUGGAACUCCUUGGUCCUAGCCUCGAAGAUCUCUUCGACCUCUGUGGGAGGAGAUUUACCUUAAAGACCGUCCUCAACAUUGCCACGCAACUCCUCCAUAGGAUAGAAUACGUUCAUAGUCGGCAUCUCAUAUACCGGGACGUGAAACCGGAGAAUUUCCUCAUCGGACGAAGUACGAUGAACAGGGAAAAGAUCAUUCACAUCAUCGACUUCGGACUAGCCAAAGAGUACAUAGACCUGGAAACCAAUAAGCACAUACCUUAUCGAGAACAUAAAAGUCUGACGGGCACCGCGCGGUACAUGAGCAUCAACACACAUCAAGGCAAAGAACAAAGCCGAAGAGACGAUCUCGAGGCUCUGGGCCACAUGUUCAUGUACUUUCUGAGGGGCAGCCUGCCGUGGCAAGGACUGAGAGCUGACACUCUGAAGGAGCGGUAUCAGAGGAUCGGCGACACGAAGCGCGCCACGCCAAUCGAAGUGCUGUGCGAGGGCCAUCCCGAAGAGAUGGCCACGUACCUGCGCUACGUACGCCGACUCGACUUCUUCGACACGCCAGACUACGAGUACCUGAGAAAGCUCUUCCAGGAUCUUUACGAGAGAAGAGGCUUCGCCAACGACGGCGAAUUCGACUGGACGGGCAAAACCAUGUCGACACCGGUGGGAUCGCUCCAGACAGGCCACGAGAUCCUCGUAUCACCGAAUCGAGACAGACACCCUGCUAAUUACAAGGACGCGGCUGGUGGCGGGGUGGGAGGAGGGGGCGGUAAGGGGGUAGGUGCCUCGUGGCCUGACACAGUCAAGCAAUCGGGCGCCGGUGGCACCUUGACACCCGCCGACCGACAUGGCUCCGUACAGGUUGUAUCCUCGACGAAUGGAGAAUUGGCAAACGACGACCCCACAGCUGGUCACUCGAAUACACCAAUAACUGCACCACCAGAAGUGGAGAUGAUAGACGAAACCAAUAUUUGCUUAAUUUCCAGAUGCUGCUGCUUCUUCAAGCGAAAGAAGAAGAAAAGCGGUCGGCAAAAAUGACUGACUAUGACUGUCGGUCCUGGGGGUAGCGUACAGUGUACGGGUAUGAAUGCAGUCGGAGCUGGCGGUGCAGGGAACGGCAACGGUAACAGCGGCAACGGCGCUGGAGUCGGAGGUGCAGGAGUAAUCGGUGGCGGGGGUGUUAGCCACGUAGAUCGUCUCGCAGCUGGAGCUAAGCGAGGACUGAUCGGAGGUGGCGGAGUCGUGGGUCUGGGCCGCGGCAGCGACCCGGAGCGCGAGGCCGUCACGCUGCUGCGCGCCAGCAGUCACUCGGCUUCCCGCGACUCAGUGCUGCACACGACCAUCACUCUGACCCCCACGCCCACACCACCGCCUUUGUCUAACUGAAUCAUUUGGUUCUGUAUUUGGCGUUCUUUUCUUUCCUCAUUUUCGACGCGUACACGAUCGCUGAAUUUCAUAGGGAAAAAAGUGACGAGAGGAGUAUACACGAUGGACGUACGCGUCCAAAUGCCCACAAAAACACACUUACACCGCGUCUAUACACAGCGUCAACACGUAAAUACGCCGAGAAAAAGACAGACACUUGCGCCGUCAGCUAUCCGAUUAUUAUAUACAUACACGGGAUUUUCACACGUAUACAGAGGAAUGACUAUACUCCAAGCAGUCAUCGCAUAACUACCGCAGAUAUCGCUACUGCUGCAGAAAUAUUAAUAUUAUCAUCCUUAUUAUUAUUAUCAUUACUACUAUCAUUAUUAUUAUUAUUAUUAUUAUAUGAUUUUUAUGAUUAUUUUACUAUUAAUUAUGAUUAUGAUUAAGUUUAUUAUUAUAAUUAUUACAAUUACUCUUAUCCAUCAUCGUCUUCAUUGUCAUAAAUCGAUAUUAUAACUUGGAACUCCUACCCUUUCGUUUACAAGGUCAUUGGUCUGUUAUCUUCGUGAUUGUCGUCGCCACUUGCAGUUUUCAUUCUUGUACGAACUAUGCUCGUGCGAGGGGAGAAGUUGAAUCAUUGUUGACGGAAAGUAGCUUAAUUAUCUGUGCGACGAAAUAAAAAAAACUGCUUCUUCACGACGUAAUUAUCUUGCGCUUCUCGAGAUAGAAAGUAUAUAUAUUAUACAUACGGAACAAAAUGUGACUGGUUAUUUUGACCACAAAAGAUUUUUCGGUCGACGCGACCCACUUUGCGGGCUGAGAGCGAGCGAGCUAAAGAGAAAGAGAGAUUUGUCAUUGAUGGAAAAAUUUCUUUAAGGAAUUGAAAUACAAAACUUGUGAGAAACAAAAAACUACUUUUUUCGGUUUCUCGUAUAUUUGUUGAUUUGACUUGUAUUUAAGGUAAAUAAAUUAAUUAUUCAACCUAACGCGCGAAGCCCUGCGUGGCUCACUAAGUGAAUUUAUUCUUACUUGUUUAUAGAAAUUUUCCCAUCCGACUUUUUAAAAAGAAAAAAAGAUUUUGAUUGCAAGAAAAGAGAACAAACUAUUGCGAUCACAAAUUGUACUAAAAAUCGUAAAAAAAAUUGCGUUUGAGAAUGUGAUAGAAUUGUAUGUGGGCUCAAUUUAAACGUUUUUCGGUUUUGAAUACACUUUGAUACCAUUGACUACAUCGUAUUGUUAACAUUUGCGUAUUAUAUAGAUUAAACAAAAUUUGGUGCAACAAAUUUUGCAUUUUAGAAAAAUAAUUGAUCGAAUGGUAAUUACAUGUUUGAGUGAUUGUUUCUUAUUCGGAAACUUUUUAUUGAGUUUUACAAACUCGAUUUGACAUAUAUGCAUUAUGGAGGCUUUAUUGACGCUUAUGACUCAAAAAAAAGUGGUAUAUCAUUUUAUACACUAAUCUAUGUAGUUGGCAUACGAAAAGAUCCUUUCAACAAACACUUAUAGUACUGCCUUGAUAACAAAGAUCGCGGAAAGGAAAUUUUUGCACGUAAAUUUUACGAAUACGACUGGAGGUGCACACUUUCGAGCAAGUGUCAUUUGUAUAAAAAUACUUAUUCAAUAUGUCACGAGCGUAUAUAAUACCUACAUAAUGGCGAAACACUUUUAAGGCUAAUGUACCUAUUGUAAUUGCCUUUUAUAGAUGUCUCUUUAUAAAUCGAGUCCAUGCAAACAACUGCGGUUUCUCCGAUAAAAAUAAGCAUAAAAUUUGUGACGCACUUUGACUAGAUAAGUGAAAAUUAAUUAAAUAAUAAAAAAUUGUGUAAAAUUAAAAGAUUCAUGGAUUUUAUCGAAAGAUGCCCGAAAAUUAAUUUACUUAUUUUGUACAUAUUUAAGUUUUUUUGAGAUUUUGUGGUUGCUGCAUGGAAUUUUAGAACAUUUGCUUUUUACGAUAGCCAGAAAAUAUAUCAAAAUGUAAUUACUAUAUUUGUCAAUAUCUUUAUGAUUAUAAUUACUUAAUUUAUGUACAUAAAAACGAAAUUCAUUUAGUUUAAUUGAUGCAUAAAAUUUUAGAAUAAUUAUUGCCUAAGAAUGUUAUAAAGCGGAGAGCGGUAUGCAUCUAGAUAACGCGAGACUGAAAACCUCACAGGACCACAUAAAAGCUAUUUAAGAUACCAGAAACAACAAAUCCAUUUUUCACGUUGUAUGUAAGAUAAGAUGCUUUUCCACAGUUACGUUUCAUAUAAUUGUUUAAUACGAAUUAUUUUUAUUACUUGCGAAAUUUUGAGAAUACAUACACACGUUUUCGACAAUGUACACCUCUCUCCCCUUAUUUCUUAAGGUUUUACGAUAGAAUGAACAUAGCUAACUCGAUGUGUAAGAAGUUGAUAAAGGCAAUGAACGAUACACUUACUUCCAAACGCGACACGAUAUUUUGCACUCAAGUCUUGAAUAAUUAGAUUUUGAUGUGUAGUCUGCAUCUUGUCGAGCUCUAUGCGGUUUACAUAGUCAAUUGGUCGACUUGAUUUUUUUUCAACGUGGAAGUAAUUUACGCCGUUGUCGAAAUAUACAUACACUUAUUGAGAAAAUUGCAUACUAAAUGAAGAAAAUAAUGAGCAUGUUUGUCGCGGUAUGAUUUUCUCCAUUUUCUAUGACAUUAUUUUCUUAUACUAUGCACAUCAAUCUUACUAUGUUCAUGCUAUAGUGGUACCUUAGUCUUUAUACAUACGUACACGUAGUAAGCUGUGAUUGGUUCUGGAUGUUAAUUUUUAAUAACUAUGUUCUUAAACUGUUAUUUAACGAAUGAUUUACGCAAAAGUCGAAUUGUUCAAUGUGUAACACUGACAGAACAGAGGCACAUACACGGCGCAAAGUCGCUUUGUGUAUCCUUGUAAAUAACGUCGUUGUGUUGCAGAUGCUUAAAGAGUAAAAAAAGUCGCUACGAAGCAUCGUACAUAUUUUGUUUGCGAAUCGGAUCUCAAUUUCCCUUAAAUCCUUUUUUAAUAUUGUAACUUUUUUCAAACUUUUUUUUAACAAAGAUGCCUCGAUAUGUGUUCUAAGAGAACAGCUUCCCUUUUUACCGAAAUUAUCAUCAGCAUCAAGAGAUCAUAGUAAUACUUCACGAAGAAACGAGGCGCAUUAAAUUAUUUCAGUGUAUUAUUAUCAACUUACAAAAAAGUUAUUCAUAACUUUUAA